AUGGCUGAAGAAGAAAGAUGGUUUGACAAUGAAUUCUCAGAGGUAUACAGUGAAGAAUUAGCCGAAUUGUUGCAUUUUGAAGAAAGCAAUGUACAGAAAUUACAAUAUUGCUCGUUUGGUGUGCUCAGUUCAUUACAUACAUUGUUAUUCAGAAUGUUAUUUUGCGCUACGUUAAAGCGACUACUCAUAAUCUUCCACACCAAAGGAAUAAUUAGUGAGGACACGUUACAUUUAACUGUGAUAGCUUCUGGACUAUUUAUGAUGUGGACUCAGAACACUUUUGCAUUGUCAGUUUUUUCGUUCACUGCACUGGUUAUUGUAGUGCCGUAUUACAAGUUUUUAUUCAAAAAAAACAUCAAAUUCAAGAUCUUGAUAUACUCCAUUGGCAUGCUUUUAAUUUGGCAGUGUUUAAUGACUGCUGAAAAAUUUAUGUCAAUUCGAGGCAUUCUGAUGGUUAUGUUAAUGAAAACAACUUCAGUAUCUUUUGAUCUUGCUAAUGAAUUAUAUAAAGACAUAUCUUUACUGCAGUUACUUUCUUAUGUAUUAGAUGGUUCAACUAUAUUAUUUGGUCCGUGGAUUACUUAUAAGCAAUAUCACGACUCGCUGGAGAUGAAGAAUGUGGAAGUAGAAAUUAUGAACUGUUUUCGUGCCCUCAGCUACAUUCUUUUCUCAUUGCUGGCUGUAAUUUAUUCUUCUUGCGUUGCUGAUAACUUUACUGAAUGGUAUUUCGUAGGAGCAUAUUUUGUUGCGCAGUCAUUUCGAUUCAGUCAUUAUUUUGUUUGUUGGCUUUCUGCGGGGAUAUCGCUAUUAUCAGGUGUUGAUUCGGGCAGUAUCGUCGAUUGGACCCGUAUUGAACUGCCUCGUUCGCUUGUUGAUGUUGUUGUUUCGUGGAAUAUCCCCAUGCAUCAGUUUUUGCAUCAAUACGUUUUCGGUGAAAUGAGAAAGUAUGGCUCUGCUAUUGCCAUUUUCGCUACCUAUGUUGGAAUCAACUUCCAGUUGUCUGCGGUGCUGCUUUCGUUGGGAUUCUAUACAUACGCCGAAACAAAAUUACGAAGUAGAUUGAGCCGUCGUACAAAUUCAUGCGUUCGUGCUAAGAAGUGUCAUGAAGAAUGCAGUCACGCAUGGAAAGAGAAUUCCAUGCCUACCCUAGCUGUGAAUAUGAUAUUCCGAAUUGUUGCCAUAAUUCAUCUAGUAUAUCUUGGAAUGGCAUUCGACAACAGCACAGCAGAGACAGGAUAUUCAUGGAAUCACACUCUCAAUGUAUGGGGCGACUCAUAUUACUUUAGUCAUUCUAUCGGUACACUUACUUUAAUUUCGUCAUUCAUCAUUUAA